CGCGUGUGCCAUGGACUCAGCCGCCUGGUGAUAUUGACAAUAGGAGAGAGAAAGGGGCAUUGACGGGGACCCACCGCAGGCAGCGAACGGCGGCUCAGGCAGCGGCGGCUGUAGCUCCAGCGGCUCCUCCUCCUCCUCCUGACUCCUCCGCGCGCCGCCGCUGCAGAUCCAGGCUUCCUCCCUCCCUUCCCCCUCCCCACGUCGCUGCCGCCGCCGCCGCCGCCGCCGCCGCCGCCGGGUCCCGGGCAACGAGCUGAGGCGCCGCCCGCCGGGAAUGUGAGCUAGGAGCCACCGGCGGAGCCGCAUCGGGAUCGGUGCCGAUUUGAUGGGACGGGCCCGCGGGGGAGGAUCCUGAGGCCGCCGUCGCCACCACCGCCGGAGCGCUGAGGUUUGGGUCCGGCCGUGAGGCCUACAGGCGCCGCUGCCGCCGCGGAACCGAGGGGACGCCGUACCGGACCGCCGUCGCCCCGGACUCCCCGUCGCCGUCCGGACCGCCCCCUGCUGUCCCGGCCCCGCCGCCGCUGCCGCCGCGGCCCCCUCGCCCUUCUGCCGCCCCUCGGAACCACAGAUCGUCUCGGAUUCUUCCUCAGAAGCUUCAAGUAGGGAUAUGUCCUCAGCACCAACUACUCCUCCAUCAGUGGAUAAAGUAGACGGAUUUUCUCGGAAGUCCGUCAGAAAAGCCAGACAGAAGAGGUCACAAAGUUCCUCACAGUUUAGGUCUCAAGGCAAGCCUAUUGAGUUAACACCUCUGCCACUGCUGAAAGACGUUCCAACCUCAGAGCAGCCUGAACUGUUCCUAAAGAAACUGCAGCAGUGCUGUGUCAUUUUUGACUUCAUGGACACCCUAUCUGAUCUUAAAAUGAAAGAAUACAAGCGCUCCACUCUUAGUGAACUGUUGGACUACAUUACAAUAAGCAGAGGCUGUUUGACAGAGCAGACUUACCCUGAAGUAGUUAGAAUGGUGUCCUGCAAUAUAUUUAGAACUCUCCCGCCCAGUGACAGCAGUGAGUUUGACCCAGAGGAAGAUGAGCCUACCCUGGAGGCCUCGUGGCCUCACCUCCAGCUUGUAUAUGAAUUUUUCAUACGAUUUUUGGAAAGCCAAGAAUUCCAACCCAGCAUUGCCAAAAAGUAUAUAGAUCAGAAAUUUGUAUUGCAGCUUUUGGAGCUAUUUGAUAGUGAAGACCCUCGGGAACGGGACUACUUAAAGACAGUCUUACACAGAAUUUAUGGCAAGUUCCUUGGUCUUAGAGCAUUUAUCCGAAAACAGAUUAACAAUAUUUUUCUAAGGUUUGUUUAUGAAACAGAGCACUUCAAUGGCGUAGCUGAACUGUUGGAAAUAUUAGGAAGUAUUAUCAAUGGUUUUGCUUUGCCUCUGAAGGCAGAACACAAACAGUUCCUGGUGAAAGUGUUGAUCCCCUUACACACGGUCAGGAGCUUGUCACUCUUCCACGCCCAGUUGGCGUACUGUAUAGUACAAUUUCUAGAGAAAGAUCCUUCACUCACAGAACCAGUCAUUAGGGGCUUAAUGAAAUUUUGGCCUAAAACAUGCAGCCAAAAAGAGGUCAUGUUCCUUGGGGAGCUGGAAGAAAUUCUGGAUGUGAUUGAACCUUCCCAGUUUGUUAAAAUUCAAGAACCUUUGUUUAAACAGAUCGCCAAGUGUGUAUCCAGCCCGCACUUUCAGGUGGCAGAAAGAGCACUCUAUUAUUGGAAUAAUGAAUACAUCAUGAGUUUGAUAGAAGAAAACUCCAAUGUCAUCCUCCCCAUUAUGUUUUCCAGCCUCUAUAGGAUCUCAAAAGAGCACUGGAACCCGGCUAUUGUGGCAUUAGUGUACAACGUGUUGAAGGCCUUUAUGGAGAUGAACAGCGCCAUGUUUGACGAGCUCACGGCCACAUACAAGUCAGAUCGUCAGCGUGAGAAGAAAAAAGAAAAAGAGCGUGAAGAAUUGUGGAAAAAAUUGGAGGAUUUGGAGUUAAAGAGAGGCCUUAGACGUGAUGGGAUAAUUCCAACCUAACAGAAAUAUGAUGGCGCCAUUACUAACCUGUGGAGUCACAUUUAUGUAGUAGAAGAUGGAGCAACAGUUUUCUGUAUUGUGCAACUUUACAGUAGAUUUCACAUUUGUUUCAUUAUUACAACAGCACUGUAUAUACCCUGUCUCUAAGUAAAAGAAAAAAAAAUAAGGACUUCAAUCCAAAGUUUGGACAGUAGAUGGACUUCUCAGAACUUUGCAAACAUAAUCAUUGUUCUAACCCUCUUAAAAAACAACCAGAAAAGCAGUCUUCAAAGAUCUGUUGAUGAAAUUGCUAUGUUAAAAUUCCAUUAUCAGGAGUUCUUAUUUAUCACUAGCAGAGAGUAUGAUACAAUUUUCAAAUGUGAACAGUCUUAAAUUUAGCUUGUCUUUCUGCUAAGCUGUUAAAUGUAUUUAUAGGAAAGGAAGGAAAAAACAAAAAGACUGUCAUUUCCUUAUGAGUUUGUGUAACUUCUUCCUCUGGAUAACUUGACUGUAAUUUGACAUCUUUUCCUUUUGCACAUCUUCCUGGGUUGAAUGUCCAUGUUGAAAGGGCCAUGGAUUCUAACGGCCCCUGAUGCAAGUUUUGUCUACUGGAGUGAAUACCUUUCCAGUAACCAGGCAGCCCUGGUUCUCCUGUAGUUCUGAGGUUAGGAGUUAAAAGAGAAGAGGUGAUAAACAUAGUAGGAAAGGGAAUUUUGGCUUCACUCAUCAGUUUAUGGUGAAUCCAGAUCACUGUCUUGAAUCCUUUGCAAACAGGCACUGGGACGUCACCAGCUUCAGUACCUGACCAGUAUUAGUUGCAUCCAUCAUUGAAAAUAUACACGGAAGAUAUGUUAGGAAUGUCAGGACAACCUCCUUUGGACCAUAAGACAUCAGAAAGACAAACACUAAAUAGUACAACCAUGAAAUUGAUCCAGGAUUGGGAAUCUAAUUGGGAAAAGAGCUUGAGCAAGCAGCUUGGCCUGUUUGGAUUUGUUGCCUUACUUUUUAAUACGUAUUUAUAAAGUAUUUCAGCAAAAGAGGGCGAAGCCUCUGGGAAACACAAACAUGAUGCAGUGUUUUUUGUAGAUUCUCAUUCUGUAUCUCAUCACAGCACCAGCCCUGUUUUAAGCCAGAAAGGAUUCAGGAUACACACGAUGCAUUCUGAAUGGGAUGCGUAUUCCUAACUACUGUAUUUGUUACCAAAAGUGGUUCUACAAAUGCUACUGAAAAACAUCUGGAAAUUCCUAAUGUCCUGAGUAUUAAUAAUAAAGUUUAAAAAUGCUUUUGUAUCAAAGGUGCAUUGUGACCAAAUUGUUUAAGAGAAAGUUAAAAUCUAGGGCUAUAUUAUAGGUAGAUUUUAUUGGCUCUCUGCUUUGUAGUAAAAGAGGAAAUCUUACAUCUUGGGUAGGUAAAUUGCGGCUAGAACAUGUGUACACUACGUGCUCACCUGCUGUGGUUGCGCUGUAUGUACCGAAAGAUUUGUACUUUGGGGUUGAGUUCCAGGACGCUUUUGCUUGUUACAGGAUAGCAGCCAUGAGCUGAUCAUUCUCAGCUGUCACCUCCAGCAGUAUUCAUGGUCUAGAGCCGAUUCUCUGUCCCUCUGUUGAGCUGUGAUAGUAGCAAACGCGAACCUAGGAGCUCUUGUUACUCUUAACUAGAAAUACAGUAUAAAUAUGGGCUUGUAUAUUUUUCUUCCUUCCAUUUAAAUAUAAAGUAGAGUUUGCAGUCUUAUUGUUUCCAAGAAGGAAGAAAAAAAAGCUGCUGACCUUUCUCCCCUAAGACGUGUUUCCAGAUUACCAAUCAGGUCACAGUGUGUACAUAAAAGUCAGCCAAUUAUGGAUAUUGUUCUCUAGAUAAUUUUGUAAGAAAUGAAAACAAAAACAAAACCUAGCUUUGUUAAUUCCUAAGAAAUAGCAGUAAAAUCAUAUGCAACACCAGACACAACGUGGUUUAAUGGAAUUAGGCUUUUUUUAAAAAAGAAUUCAUUGUUACAUGUGCAAAGGCUGCCGAAAAGAAGCAUCUUGCUUUUCAAAGUGCAAGAGCAAAAGUGUGGAUUCAAAUACUGAUCUUGUUAAAAAACUAAAUUUGUAACAGGUACCCUUCGGCCCACUUGAUGUUAGCCCUUCAUUUUGGCUACAUUUAUUUUUGAUGGUGCAAACUAUUAUUUGCCAUGAGAAAGAAGACGUGGAAAUCACAGGCUUACGGAGAGCCUCUGCCCACUCAAAUGAAAUGCGGUCAUUUGGGAUGAGAAAGGCCGGAGCCCCUUCCGUGCGCCUUCCCUUUCCUCAGCGCAGGUAGAGACGCUGCAGGUAUCCUGAUGUCAGCUUUGUGUGUUUGCUGUUCCAAACGGAGGAGAAUAAAGCUAAAUUUUAGGCAUUUAAAGAAGCAAUUAGAGCUCUCUGUCUAAAAUUCCUAGGGCAACUUCUGAGAAGAAACACUGUCUUUUCUUUUUUAACUCAAAGUGACAAUGUGACAUUUGUCAUGUUGUGUGCGGUGAUGCGAAGUAGCUGAGGCAAUCUGACUGUUGCACUAUGUGACAUAUUUAAGGAUGUAAUGGCUGCAUUUGCAGCAGCCCUCUCUCUGUCCCUUCCUGCAAUUCUGUCGCCCGCGACCUGAGUUCAUUGUGACAAAUGCAUCUUCGUGUUAUAUUUUGUUUGUCUCAUAGUUUCCAGAACUAUAUAUAAAUAUAUUUUUAAAAUAGCAAAUAUUGUAGUUAGUGAAGACUGCUCCAACCUUAUCCCUACCAUAUUGGUUUCAGGGAUGGGACUAAGAGUGUCAUUGACACACAGCAGAAAUUCAGCCCUCUGGUUAGAAUGGUGCUGAGGCCUGCGGCUCAGCAGCGCGUGGGCAAGCGAGCGAGCGACGUGACCCCGUCCCCUUGGCGUCGCGCAUGCAUUCCGUUUUCUCAUCCUGCAAGUGUCCCCAGUUGUUCGCCUUCACUGUUUACUUUUGGUCCUUUUCGAUUUUUUUGUUCUCCCUCACAUCUGAAUUUUUAUAAAAUAAAAUUUUAAAAAAGGUAAGAAAGAAAUGAGACCCUCAGCCCCACCGGAUACUCACAAGCAGGGUCGUGCUCCUUCUUCUUGGGCGCAUUUGCCUCCGUGGAAGGGUUUAAGUUCCUCUAUCCUUCCUUCCACGCGGGGGGCGGUCCAGGUGAGGGCUGGGAACUGCCCAUAAGUGUACCUGCUGUACUGAAAUGUAUAGCCCUAGGCUCAGUCACUAUGGAAAGAAGAAAAAGUAUAUUUAGAGCUUUAAAAGCUUUUUUAUUUUUUUGUGGGGAUGGGGGUGGGGUGGGUAAGGGACGUGUGGACGAUAGGAUGCUACUGGGAUUUUUAAGUGCUCCGGGGUUUGUUUUUCUUCUUCCCACUUUCUGUUUCUGUUCUUCCCAUUCAUUGGAUGCACUGACCUAGUCCAGGAAGUGAAGAGAUUCUCUCUUUUAAUGCUCUUACCAAUGUUACCCCCGAGUGACAGUCACCUGUAACCAAAACAAGGUGGCACCAGACAUGAUCGGUGAUGUUUUAUUUGCACAUGAAUAUUUUUAUUUUUGUAUUCUGGCUUGGCUGCUUCUCUUGCGUGGAUUAAAGAAUGAGCCACAAAGGAUGUUUUGUAAUAGGCCUAUUGGCAAUGCAUUUUUAUAUUUCUCUAUAUUUAAUUUUGAAAUUUGAAAAGAAGGGUUGCACAUUUCAAGAGAAAGUUGAACAAACUUUGACGUAGUGGAAUGUUAGCCUGUGCUGCCGCCCACGCACGACAGCAGCAGCAGUAGCUCUUGGAAAUGAACAUUGUCUAUGAAUAUAGAUUCCCUUUUCUUCCCUUCCCGUGUCCCUCCCUCCCAUCUCCUUCCUCUUCUCUUUCUUUUCUCCCUCUUUAUCUUCUACUUCCUUCAGCCCCUCCCUCCCUCUUUACUUUUUUUUUUUUAAAUCACUUACUGUAAAUAAGUUGUAAUCCAAACCUCAUGUAUCAGUGGGGAGAUUUCAAAUAUAAAUACUACCAAUACAUCUUCUGGUUGUUGUCUGAUUUUUGACUGAAGUAUAAUGAGAAUGACUUAUCCACUGCUUUAGGUUUGAGGACUUUGCUACAGCUUCAUAAAUCUUUUGGUAUUUUAGUAUUUCAUUGUUUUAGCAGGAGAGGGCAGCAAAAGUUCAUUUUCCAUGUUAGUAAUGCUGUGGUUCUUGACUGAUUUUAAACUUAGCCGUGAGUGUGUGUGCCUGUUAUUUUUCUUUUUUUAAACAGCAUCUGUUUGUGGGUAGAGGUAAAAAUGAAACAUUUUUGAUAUGAAAAGUUGCAUAUGAAAAUUAUAGACUGGUUCAGCCAGACAGUGAAGACCUUCUGUUCUACGUCAAAGUGAGAAUGCUACAAAAGAAUCUUCCAGCUCUGGCUAAAAUGUGCUACUUCUUUUUCAACACAACAAAGUACAAGCUGAGUCUUAGACACUUGGAAUUUAAAAUGUUCUUCCUUGGAAAUGAUUUACUUUCUCUAAAGUGGUAACAGAAACAAAAAUGGAGGUGCUCCCCAAAAGAAAUGUAACCUUCCCCUUUCAUAGCUCUUGGAGAGGUUCUGUACUGUGGGUGCAUCGAAAUAAAGCAGCAGUGAAGAGUUU